CCUGCAGUGCUUACCAGCUAAACCUCAGUCUCCCCAGGGUGCAGAAUGGAGAAGGCAGGUCUGUUGGCUCCAACAUCCCCAGGCUGCUCUAAAUUCUGUUACUUUGGAGAAGGAGGACCCCAAAGGGAAGGGACGGAGGCUGAAUCAGGCAAGGGCCAUAAUCUGAACCCUGAAGAUGAUGAGCAUUUGGAAGCAAGGAUGAAGGAAAUGCCUGUUUCACUCAAAAAUAUCAUUAGAAUCAGUGAGACAGGGUUUCGCAGCGCGCCUGAAGAUCACGUGACUCCGGAUCCAGGCGCUUUGACAGUAGCGAGGGGAGCUGGGUCGGGACCCUCGCCGGCUGAAUUUUAGGCAGCUGUUUUCUUUCGCUGGAAUUUGGGAUCGGAGGUCGCUCCUGCUCCUCGCCGGAGGGUCGCUGGUUCAAUCCCAGUAACGGUCAGAAUAGUAUUUUCGGAGGACUGUUCGCGCAAACCUUGCAGUUAUCCGUCAGCCCGCGCUCGCCGGGUGGGGAAGGUUGCAAAAGGAAAAGAGGGAAACCAGGGACCCUUCCACCACACUGUCCUUUUCCAGCUCUGAGAAGUCCUCUUUUCGCUGGGAAGUGGUUCUCAUUUCCGGGCGCCCCCAAGGACCAGAAGUGGCUGGGGAGAAAGUUUUGCGGGACCCCGGGGUGGGGAGGGGGAGUCCCAGAGCCCGGCAGGGGUGCAGGUCCCAGGAUCCCCUUCCUGUGGCUCCUCCUCCCUCCGCCCCCACCCAAUCCCUCAAACCAUCCAUUUUGAGGAGGGGGUCCGGAAGCAGGUACAAAGGGCCUGGGCAGGACGAGUCUCUGUCGUCGAUCCUUCCGGGGGGGGGGGGGCGUCGUUUUGUUUUAUUUGUUUCUUUAGUUAUUUUUACAGUCCCACGCCUCCGGUCCUCAGCCCUGCAACCUUCUGCCUCGCACAGGGAACGAGCCCUUAGGCUGCGCUGCCCGCAGGCCGGUCCUGAAGCCGGUGUUGUUGAGAUGGACCCUGUGACCUUCACAGACGUGGCCGUGAACUUCACCAGGGAGGAGUGGGCCCUCCUGGACUCCAGGCAGAGAAUUCUCUAUAGAGACGUGAUGUUGGAAAACUGCAGGAACCUGGCCUCUCUGGAUUUGCUAACACAACAUCAGACAAAAAACUCAACCCCUCAGCCGGACAUUCUUGCUAAAAAGACACCUGUUGAAGCAAAGAGAGUAUGCACCGUGAGCCAUGCUUCCCGGCCGUCCCUAUUGGGAGAAGACUGGAAAUGCCACAAAACAGACGAACCACUCACACAAAGGGAGCAAAAGUUGAAGCGAGUUGCCACUGUACACGAAAAAGAUGAGUCUCCGGUUAGAAUCCAUGACUCUCAUGAUAUAAGGGACGACUCUCUGCCUCGCUCAUGGAGAGAUUCUACAGGAAACCGUAUCCAGAAACAUGGCUCAAACGUUCUGAAACAAAAUCCUGCCCUAACCAGUCAUCAAAAGAUCUACAGAAACAACAAAAAUGAUACAGUCUUGCAGCUUGUUGAGACGACCCCAUCAGUAGGACAUCAGAUGGAGCCAGAGUCCAAAAUAUGGACUGACCGUCAGAACAAUGUGCUUCAGACCCAUAAUAAUAUCUGCAGGGGGGUGGACUUCCAUGAAUGGGAUCCAUUUGGUAAAACCUUUGAGGAAGACAUUUCCCUUAGGUUAUGCAAGACUCCCAUGAAAGAGAAGACUUACGAGUCUAAUCCAUGUGAAAUCACCUUCCAAAAUAGCUCGACCCAUGAUGUGCAGAGGCAACCCGAUAUGGCAGAGGCAAAUCAUGAGAAGAAUCAAGGUGCGAAAACCUCUGUCCACAUUGCAAAUUCUGACUCACACAGGAAGACUAAGACCAGAGAGGGGAGAUAUAUAUGUCAAGAUUGUAGGAAAAGUUACGUGUAUCUGUCAUUCCUUAGGAAACACAUGGAAAUUCACACCGGAGAGAAACCUUAUGAAUGCAAGACCUGUGGGAAAGCCUUUAGAUAUACCUUACACCUUGACAAACACUUAACAAAGCACAUUAGGAAGAAGCCCUAUAAAUGUGAGGAAUGUGGGAAAGACUUCACCAAUUCUCACAGAUUUAAAAGCCAUCUGAAAACUCACCGUUGAGGGAUGCCUGGUCAGCUCAAUGGGGAGAGCUUGCGACUCUUGCUCUCGGGGUUGUGAGUCUGAGCCCCACGUCGGGCGUAGAGAUUGUUUAAAUAAAUAAAUGAGCUUUAAAAAUAAAUAGAUAAAAAUAAAAAUUCACAGUUGAGGGGUCCUGUGAAUGAAAGGAAUGUGAGAAAAGCUUCAUUAAUUUUCUCAAAAGACCAAGCACAUAAGGACAUGUUAAGGGAACUCAAGUCUUCCCUGAAGGAUGAAAAUGUGAGAAUUCACACAUUUACAUAUUCACAUCUUGUGAAGGUAAAGUCUAGAAAGAUUUUAUACCUUCCUGCUUUAUGACUUCUUCAUUUUUUAUUAACUAGUAAUAUUUUUUAAGUAGACUCCAUACCCAGCAUGGAGC